UACCGUGUCAGCGCGAGUUGACAUGUCAGACUAUGAAGUGUCAGUGCAGCAGCUCAAUGAUCUGUGUGCCAACGGUGACGGUUACUACAGCAUGCCAACACACCAUGUUGACGAGGUGUUCCCCAGGAUAUAUGUUGGAAAUGCUAUUGUGGCCAUGAACACGAUGCGUCUGAAGAAGCUAGGCAUCACCCACAUUCUGAAUGCAGCAGAAGGCAACUCCUUCAUGCACGUCAACACCAACGCGGAGUUCUACGCUGGCACAGGCAUCACAUACCACGGCAUGGGCGCCAGUGAUACAGACCACUUUGACCUCAGCAUCUACUUCGAGGAGGGGGCGAACUUCAUCGAGAAGGCCUUGGCACACAAAGAUGGGAAGGGUAAAGUGUACGUUCACUGCAGAGAGGGCUACAGCCGCUCCCCAACACUGGUCAUCGCCUACCUGAUGCUGCGCCACAGGAUGGACAUUUGGUCCGCCCUGUCCAUGGUACGACAGAAGAGAGAGAUCGGCCCUAACGACGGCUUCCUGCGCCAGCUGUGUCGUCUCAACGAAAUGCUGGCUGCCGAAGGAAAGUUCUGGAACCAAUGACGGUUUUCUUUCCCCUAUACUCAUACUCUAUAAGUAUGUACAGAUAAACAGACAUGUGAAAGUGUGUAGGUAUUUAGGACACCUGGAAAGUAUGUACCUUUAAAUGUACACAGAUACACACAUUCACCGACUGCCAUCCUUGUCUUGUAGGCUGGCUCAAGUAUGGCUUGUCCUUUGAUUUAUAUUCAGAAAGGCACUGUACACAAGUGCAUUUAACCCAACCCCUCUGAAUCAGGGAGGAACCCUCACACUCAGGAACAAUGUUGCUACCAUCCCUACAACUUCCCCUCCGUCUCUCCAUCCAAUUCCUUCCUUCACACUGCCAGUCUUUUCUAGCCUCUGUGCUGUGGAGCUUGCAUCUGCUCGUCAAGGUGAUUUCUAGAGAACCAUUGAAUGGUUAUGUUGUCAAGUUUACUUUUCCUUCUGUUCCAUUUGAGUGUCUAAAUAAGAAAUAGUUCUCA